UCACCGGCAUCUACCAACUGAUUCGAUUCCGGCAUUUUGGCUGAGAAAACGCCACGCACGUAUUGAUGUGGUACAGAUCAGCUUCUUUCGUUCUCGACAGACAGAGGGUCCGAAACGACCCCGUUCCAAACCCUGAUACCCUCUCCAUCUCCCCUCCUCCUUCCUCCAUGGCCGAUACUCUCCAAAACCUGAAUCCUAAAACCAAUGUUUCCGCCUACUACCAGACUCGGGCGGCGCACCAUGGAGUCGUCACGAGUGAUUGGCUGGCUCAGGCACAGGCAGCCGUGGGCCGGAGCUCGGAGGAUGAGGGGAUGUUGCGGGAAAGUGACGUUGGGGUGGCUGGGGGCAAGGCGUUUAGUGUAAUCGAUGAGUUUAAUAGCUGGAGGAAGCAGCCGGAUUUGGCGGAGGCUGUCGCUGCAAUUCGGGCACUGGCGGCGGUGAUUCGGAAUAGUCAGGCUACGACGAUGAUGGAGCUCGAAAUCGAGCUUAAGAGGGCCUCUGAUUCGCUUAAAUCAUCGGACACAACCUCCAUCUCUUUGACUGCAAGCUGCGAUCUGUUCAUGAGAUAUGUAACCAGAACUUCGGCACUAGAAUAUGAGGACUUCAAUUCUGCGAGGUCUCGUUUGAUUGAACGUUCAGAGAAGUUUGGAGAGAUUUCUUAUAAGGCACGCAGGAUUAUUGCAAUGCUUAGUCAAGAUUUUAUAUUUGAUGGUUGCACUAUAUUGGUGCAUGGCUUCUCUAGAGUGGUUUUGGAAGUACUGAAGACUGCAGCACAAAAUAAGAAACUGUUUCGAGUUUUGUGCACAGAGGGGAGGCCGGACCGCACUGGAUUACGGCUAUCCAAUGAGUUGGCCAAGCUUGAUGUUCCUGUAAAACUUCUAAUAGACUCUGCCGUGGCUUAUUCUAUGGAUGAGGUAGAUAUGGUAUUUGUUGGAGCAGAUGGAGUCGUUGAGAGUGGAGGGAUAAUCAACAUGAUGGGGACAUAUCAGAUCGCAUUGGUGGCACACAGCAUGAACAAACCAGUCUACGUUGCUGCUGAAAGCUACAAGUUUGCACGUCUUUAUCCAUUGGAUCAGAAAGACAUGGCUCCCGCCCCACGUCCCAUUGAUUUUGGCGUGCCUAUACCAGACAAGGUUGAAGUUGAAACUUCUGCUCGGGAUUAUACUCCUCCUCAGUACCUUACUCUACUAUUUACAGAUUUAGGUGUUCUGACGCCCUCCGUGGUUAGUGAUGAACUUAUUCAAUUGUACAUGUAAACAAAUGAGCGCAUGUGAGUUAGUUUGAUAUUUUGGUUGUUUUUUGAUAGAUGAUACGCAUCCUAGUUCGUAUCAUUUCUUUUUGAGAUAUCAUAAACAGGUUCAAUUCCUGAAAAUAUCCUCAUUACAUAUUAUGUGAUGGUAAUGUAAGAAUGUCUUUGAUGUUGUGUAAGAAUGUAUUUGAUGUUUUCAAAUUCAA